AUGGCAUUCUCGUCGUCAUUAAUAAAAGGUUCCACGACAUUUGCACGUCUACAGCGACAAGCGAGGAAGCUGUCCGUUUUGGCCAGCGUCCAAUGUCCAAUUGUGUCAUCAUAUCCUUUGACACAAUGGAUCAGGACGUGCCAGCCACCCAACUUAGCAACUCGCAGCUUUUCUACUUCAUCACAAGAUCCUGAGGCUUCUUCCAGAAUUUCUGAUGAGUCGUCUUCCAUGACUUCUGUCGAAUUGAGUCGUCGUCUAGGACUUCUCACGCUUUUCAUGGGACUUGUAGGACUCUCAUUUGGGAUGUCUGGAUGGUGGGACGAUACCACUUCAACAGCGGACUGUCAGGCAUCUAAAGAAUCGACUGAUAAGUCGAAGUCUUCUUUAGUUCAUCGUGGAUCAGAUGACGAGGAUGACGCUAAUGGAGCAGCAGAUUUUUUUGUAGAACGCAAUGUUGAUGAAGGGUUCCAAAUUUUCACAGGGACCUCCAAUCCUGAACUAGCUAGGGAAAUUUGUAGUCAUUUGGGAAUUCCUUUGGGACGCUCAAAAAUUGGAAGAUUCGCUGAUGGAGAAGUAACGCUGGAGGUUUUGGAUGAAAGCUAUUUUCGUCAGACAACUCAGACAGAUCAAUCAAAGCCGUUCGCUGCGGCUGACGUGGGACGAAUUCUGACAACGAUGGGUGUCGAUCGAGUUGUAUUUGUUGAUGUUCAUUUGCGCAGAGCAGAAGGGUUUUUCCCUCCAAUUCCUAUAACCAAGCGGAAGAACGAGCUCGGUAAAGCCGUUGUUGUCAUAUCAACGGACAACACGGGAACUGAAAAAGCCGAAGCAUUUAUGUCCAGGAUGCAGCAGGCGGGAUUUGAUGCUGGAAUGGCAACAGUAGUUAACAAUCGAGCUGAGCGACCUCAAAAAGAAGCUGGUACAUUCGCGGUGAAUCCAGGGAAUGAAGUCAGUAUUGUUUGCAACGGUGUUUCUCCUCCGAACGCGUCCAGAAAAAUAGAAGAGUGGCUAGUUGGAGAUGUCAGUGGUAAAGACUGUGUGAUAGUUGAUGAUAUUAUCGACACGGGAGAGCGAGCAGUGAACGCAGCCUACGCCCUGAAAAAAGCUGGAGCCCGUCGUAUUUUUAUGUACGCGACGCAUGGUAAGCACCCAUUCUGA